UGAAAUCAGAGUAAUUUGCUUUUUAUUUUCCCCCCUUUCUCUUUCUUUUUUGUUACUAAAACAAAAAUUCUUAAACAAUAAUCAAGUGAAACAUCAAUUUAUUUUCCAUUUUCUGCUCAAUUUAUCAAAUAGUCAUUUCAGCUGUAAUCUUUUAUUCAUUUGAUUUUCACAUCUCUUAAUGGCAGAUUGGUAGUUUUCUUCAGUUUAAUUAUUAUUGUUUUGCAGAAAUUGCAAAGCCAUUUUAUUAACGAACUGCCUGUGGAAUUUGCUAAGUCCAGAUUACUGUCUGAAUACUACAAAGCAGUCAUGGCUUCUAAAGGCACCAAAGAGUCCUUAGCCACGAAGUUGGGAUUCAAAUCCAGCAGCUCUGCCUCCAAGGCCGAAGUGGAGCUGGAAAGUGUCAGGAAAGAGAACGCUCACCUCAGGAGAAAAAUCGAUGAACUGGCCAAACGACACAUCAAACCACCCGACUCCGACAAAACCAAGCUGUUAGAGAGGAUUCUUUCCUUGGAGACGCUGCGGGAAAGGAACAAUCAGCAGUUGCAUGUCAAAGAGCAAGAACUGGAAACUUUGAGACAGCAGCUGUCAGCCAGAGGAGGACAGUUGGUGGCGACACUGCAGGCCCAGCUGGAACAGCGGCGGAAGGAGGCAGAACAGAGAGAAGCCUUAUUCCAGAACUUGUCACAGGAGGCGAACAACCUGAAAAACAAGCUAGCUACUGUUUCAGCCCAUUGCCAAACCCUGGAAAUGCAGAAGACGGAUCAGGUACCGCCUGCCGAUGUGGCUCUGGUGCAGGACCAGCUGAAAGAUGCUCUGGAAAAGAACCAGCAGUGGCUCGUGUACGACCAGCAGAGAGAGUCGUACGUUCAGGGUAUCCACGCCCGCACUUUGGACCUUGAACAGCAGUUGGCCCAGUUAAAGCAGCAGCAAACAAAACAAGAGCCCAACUGUGACGCUUCAGCCAGUUCAACCGAAAACACCGCUGACAAACUUAAAGAGCACUAUGACCAGCUGCUUCUGGGUUUGCAGAAGGACCUGGAGAACCAAAAAGACCAGGUCACCAGAACCCAACAGGAGCUCCGAGUGCAGAGAGAACAGACAGCGAAAGCUCAGGCUGAGCUUCAGAUUCAAAAGGAGCAUGUUAUCAGGCUUCAGGAGGAGACAUCUGCGCUGCAGAGGAGGUAUGAGGAGAAAAAUAAAGAGCUGCAAGAUGCCAAGGAGCAGCUGCAGACAGAGCGCUUUAGCAACAGGAAUGUGGUUGGUGAGGAGAGGAAGGCGUGUUCUGAGCAAGCAGACUGGCUGAGAGUGGAACUAGACAACAUGGGUGUCAGACUGGAGGAGGAGAGGAAGAGGUCUGCUGACCUUCUGCUGCAGGUGAAUAUGCUCCAGAAGUCUCUCCUGACUCAGAGUGAAGAACAGAGGAGAAUAGCAGCACUGGAGCAACAGAAUCCAAAGUUCUGUGACUUUGUGGACAAACAGACCGGCUACAAGACCAAAUGCAUGCUCACCUUCCCCCUCAUGGCUGAGAAAGAGUGCCUUGGAGUUGUCAUGGCGCUAAACAAAACAGGAGCUGAUUCGUUUUCUGCAGCGGACGAAUCGUUAUUCCACAAGUAUAUGAAUUUCGCUCAAGUCAUCACUCUGCAGAACUACACAGCCUACAUGUUCAACGUGGAGUCGAGGAGGAGUCAGGUGCUGCUGUGGUCGGCCAGUAAAGUAUUUGAGGAAUUGACGGACAUUGAGAGGCAGUUUCACAAAGCGCUCUACACCGUAAGAACGUAUCUACAGUGUGAACGAUACUCAGUUGGCCUCUUGGACAUGACCAAAGAGAAGGAAUUCUAUGACGAAUGGCCAGUUAAACUGGGAGACGUGGAACCCUAUAAAGGACCGAAAACACCAGACGGCAGGGAAAUCAACUUUUACAAGAUCAUUGACUACCUCCUGGAAGCCAAAGAAGAAAUCAAAGUCAUACCCGGUCCGCCUGCAGAUCACUGGGCGUUGGUGAGCGGGCUGCCAACCUAUGUCGCUGAAAACGGCUUUAUUUGCAACAUGAUGAAUGUGGCUGCAGACGACUACUUCACUUUCCAGAAAACGGCUGUGGAUGACUCUGGUUUUGUCAUCAAGAAUGUCUUGUCUCUGCCCAUCGUCAACAAGAAAGAAGAAAUUGUCGGUAUAGCCACGUUUUUCAACAGGAAAGAUGGCAAACCCUUUGAUGAACAUGACGAGCAGAUCACUGAGGCCCUGACACAGUUCCUGGGUUGGUCGGUGCUCAACUGCGACACGUAUGACAAGCUGAACCGCAUGGAGUACAGGAAAGACAUCGCCCAGGAGAUGCUGAUGUACCAGAGCAAGUGCACGAAGGACGAGCUGCAGUCCAUUCUGAACACCAAAGAGAAGUUUGACUCAGAGCCCGAAGACUGUGACGCCAAAGAAAUGUACAAACUGUUGAGGUCUAACUGCCCACCAGCUGACAAUGUCAAUGGAGAGAAUUUAUACUCAUUUGCCUUCAGCGAUUUCCCAGUUUCCGAACACGACCUAAUCAAAGCCGGCAUUCGCAUGUUCUUUGAGCUUGGUGUUGUUGAGAAGUUUAAAGUUCCCCCUGAGAUACUGACAAGAUGGAUGUACACCGUGAGGAAAGGUUACCGCUCUAUCACCUAUCACAACUGGAGGCAUGGCUUUAACGUAGGCCACACCAUGUUCUGCCUGCUACAGACAGGGAAGUUGAGGAAGUAUUACUCUGAUCUGGAUGCUUUUGCCAUGGUGGCCGCCGCGUUCUGCCACGACAUCGACCACAGAGGGACCAACAACCUCUACCAGACAAAGCAAGUGAAAUUGUGUUAUUGUGGGAAACAAGCCCGCGCUUUGUCCGCUCUCUCUGACUUUUCUCUCAUUUGUAGGAGUGCAUCUCCUUUGGCCAAACUUCACGGCUCCUCCAUUCUAGAGCGGCACCAUCUGGAGUACAGCAAGACUCUCAUGGCUGAGGAGAGCCUGAACAUCUUCUGCAACCUUCAGAAGCGUCAGUUUGAAAACGUUCAGCACUUGUUUGACGUCUGCAUCAUUGCCACCGAUCUGGCCCUUUAUUUCAAGAAGAGAACCAUGUUCCAAAACAUAGUGAACGCUACAGAACCCAUGACAGAUGAAAAGGAAGCCACCGCCUUCGUGUCCAACAACCCCAUCAGGAAGGAAAUUGUCAUGGCCAUGAUGAUGACAGGCUGUGACUUGUCGGCUAUCACCAAGCCCUGGGAGGUACAGAGCAAGGUGGCUCUGAUGGUCGCUGCUGAAUUCUGGGAACAGGGAGAUUUAGAGAAAAAUGUUUUGGAACAACAACCAAUUCCCAUGAUGGACAGAAAUUGUGCUGAACAGCUACCUAAGAUGCAGUGUGGUUUCAUCGACUUUGUGUGCUCGUUUGUGUACAAGGAGUUUGCCAGGUUCCACAAAGAGAUCCAGCCCAUGUUUGACGGUCUGAACAACAACCGGGCACACUGGAACGAGCUGGCUGAGGAGUACAAUGCAAAAAUGAAGGCUAUUGAGGAUAAGAAGAAGAAAGAAGAAGAGCAGGAGGCCAAAAAAGGUGAUGGAGGGAAGUCAAAGACCUGCACCAUUUGCUAAUUCCUCCAGUGCUUGGAUUCCAUCUGGUUUGGUCCAAACCUGGACUGUGAUAGCCUACGCUUAUCCAAACCAGUCACCUGUGGACUCGUUCCAGGUGGUUCUUGGCUAGGGUAGCUUGGUCUGGUCUGAUCUCCGUGUGGUCUUGGCAUUUCUGCUUAUGGGCUGUUCACUCUGGUGGUAUCCAGUUCAGCCCUCUUUGGUCCGGUUCUGCCUAGUCUAACGUCUAACUCAGUCACCUCCAGACUGUUCUGCUUUAAUUCAAUCCGAUCCAGAUUAGGAUGCCAUCACCAGUGUCCACGGGGUGAAGGUUCAGCAGUGAAGAAGUAAAUGAACGUGGACUGCAAAAGAUGCAGUUGAAAAACUGACCACCUUUGUUCUUUUUUGUGGUUUUUGAUUGUUUUUUGAAUUCAACAUGGAACCAUGAACAUCUGACCAUGAACACUGACAGCUGUUACGUCCCUUCAACAUCAAAUGUUCCUGAUGAAAUGUCUGAAAUUCUGGUUCGAACAUCUCAAAUGUGGAAACAAAAGCUCCAGGUCUUAGAGGUAAAGUACAAACUGUGUUGUUUAUAGCGCACAUAGGACACUGUGCGGGGGGAGGUUAUACAUGCCAAAGCAGUAGUUUAUGGCAGCGUUUAAUCUCCAGGUCCUACAUUUAGGCUGCACAAUGCUUUUAACUGCUUCUGUUUCAUUAGUCGCUCUAGCACCAAGGAAUGAUACUGUCUUACAGCUGAGGCCACAAAUUUACAUACAGCUUGGUUAAAAUCACUCAAAUUCAAGAUUUCUCAACUCCAUCCCAUUCCAUGUUACCAAACAUUAGGUUUGUGAAGUCAUUUAACUUUGCUCCCAUAUGACUUUAUUCUUGAAGUAAUGAUUCAGACACACAUUUGGACUGUUAACGUUUUGAUACCGGGCUUUCAGUGGGUGAAAGGUUUGCAUACAUUUGGUGGUAUUGUUUUUUAAUCGCUUGAAGUAUAAAC